AUACUGACGAAAAUACCCUCAAGUCAUUUUCGUUCUUCAGUUCUUCUUCCUUUUUGAUUAAGAGACCCCAUGAGAAGUUUAAAUUAUCACUGACCCAAUUGUUUUUCUUGCAACCUAUAGCAGAGAACCAAAAGUUUGGAUCUUUCUUCUUUCAAUUUGUGUCUUUCUUUAUUUCUUUUGGAGGGGUUUUUCAAAAGCUAGAAUCUUGAAAAAAAAUGGGUAUGGGCACAAGCACUUUCGUUAUCAGAUGGGUCAAUCUUCUUACAAUGCUAUUGGCUGUGGCAGUGAUUAUAUUUGGGGUGUGGAUGAGUACACACAAUGAUGGAUGCAGAAGGUCACUUACAUUUCCAGUCAUAGCUCUUGGUGGUUUCAUUUUCUUGAUAUCCAUAAUCGGAUUUCUUGGCGCGUGCAAGAAAAGUGUGGCACUUCUUUGGAUUUAUCUUGUAGUGCUCCUGAUCGUUUUGAUCGCGAUUCUUGUCUUUACCGUAUUAGCGUUCAUUGUAACAAACAAUGGGUCCGGGCAUAGUAACCCUGGUUUAAGGUACAAGGAGUAUAAGCUGAAUGAUUACAGCUCAUGGUUUCUAAAACAGCUUAACAAUACCAAUAACUGGAAAAGACUAAAGAGUUGUCUUGUUAAAUCCGAACAAUGUAGGAAACUUUCCAAGAAAUAUAAGACUAUCAAACAAUUGAAAUCCGCAGAAUUAACCCCGAUAGAAGCUGGCUGCUGUCGACCACCAUCUGAGUGUGGUUAUCCUUCGGUGAAUGCUUCCUACUAUGACUUGACCUUUCAUUCGAUAAGUUCUAACAAAGAUUGUAAGCUUUACAAGAAUUUGAGGACCAUCAAGUGCUACAAUUGUGAUUCUUGCAAAGCUGGAGUAGCUCAGUACAUGAAAACCGAGUGGCGACUUGUCGCGAUCUUCAAUGUGGUUCUGUUUGUUGUCUUGUCAAUGGUUUACUUUGUCGGAUGCUGCGCGAGAAGGAAUGCUUCUAGUUACCGAUCCAAAGCUUAGAAUUCGAAGCCCCUGCUUACAAAGAUUACUUCACUGGAUUUUCCCAAGUUGCAGAAGAAUCCCACUCUAUUUUUAUGUGUUGGUAAAAGCUUCCAAGAGAGAUACAAGAACAACAACUUCUCGUCAUUCCUUUCUACUCUGUAAUCCACAUGAGUUGUAGAAACAGAAGAAAUUAUUUAAAACAGAGCAAAUGUGAUGAGAAUUUUACCAAA